CAGGGACGACCUACAUAUAGAGACACAGACACCGCUCCCAUAACCCGCUGGAUAAAGCCUAAAAACACCAAAUUUCAUACAAACAAAAUCAAACAAAGUGGACUCUUUCUCAAAGUUUCAGAGAUUAUGGAGCUGGAAGUUACUGAUAUCUGUAUGGACAAGGAGCAAAAUGGUAGCAUAAGUUACUGUGAUGGCGCUUCUCCAGAUUCAAUUUGCCUAAUUGAAAGUAAUCAAGAUGUUCAGUCAUCCAAGCUUAUUAUUGGGGAGCAAGAAACUGAUGUGCUGAACGAGAGUGUUGAAACGAAGGAGUACGAAGUGAAGGAAUGCACAGCUGAAGUAUCAGUUGAGAUGUCCAAACUGUCGGAAGUUGAAAGUACCAAGGAGCAAUACACAAAAAGCUCAAAAUGUGAGAUUGAAUCUCCUACAAAGGAGAACAACUCUGAAGUCCGAAAAUUAAAAGAUGAUAACAAGAGAUCAAGAACCUCAGUGAAAUCAGCAACCAAAUCUGCUGGUGGAAACUGCAAAACAAAGUGUACAGUUCCUCAACCAUUUGCUUUGGCAACUGAGAAGCGUGCAUCUCAUGGAACUCGUCUUGUUGGGAAUGAUGCAGACAAUGUCAAUUAUAAGACACCCGAAGCCAAUAAUUUGCGAGUCCCAAGUACGAAACAAAACAAGAUCUCAUCAGCAGUUGCAACUAGGAAACCGCUACAACCUGAUAACAAGAAGCAUUCCGAUGAAGAAGACUCAUGCUCAGUCACUUCUUGUGCUACGCUACCAGCAAGAAAAUCCAGGGCCACUGUUGCGUCAUCCCCUGUGUUCCGAUUAUCUGAACGUAUAGAGAAAAGGAAAGAGUUUUACUCGAAAUUAGAGGAGAAACAUCAAGCGUUGGAGGCCCAAAAAGUUCAGUGGGAGGCAAGGACAAAGGAAGAGAAAGAAACAGCUAUAAAGCAACUGAGAAAGAGUCUGAUGUUUAAGGCAAGCCCAAUGCCGAGCUUCUACCAUGAGGGACCUCCACCAAAGACUGAAUUGAAGAAGGCACCGCCAACUCGUGCGAAAUCACCAAGGUUGGGCAGAAGGAAGAGCUGCAAUGACUCAGUUGGUUUAGACAAAGGGAUGGUGGGAGCUUAUGAUCGAGGAACUCGCCACAGUCUUGAAGUUAACAAUGAAAAUGAUGCCUUUGGUUCCAGAAAUAGGAAAGACCGUAUAAAUAUUCAGAACGGUACUGCCAUUUACAAAUUUAACAACGAAGCCAAUCAUGCGGAGGAGAUAAAUGAAUCAUAUAUGACUACGAUGCGUGAAGAAAUGAAUGUGGACAUUACCGUUCAUUCUUGAGCCUUUUGUGAGUCUUCUAAUUUAAUAAGAUUAAGAACUUAUCUUUUCUUGGUUUUGCUUCUUGUUAUGCUGUAACAGUAUUUGACUGCUUUUAAAACUGCAAAAGAUUUUUUUUGCAGUCGUCUGUGUAACGUUUAUUUAUGAAGUGUAAAUUUCUGUAAGUUAUUUCCAAUGCUUGUGUAAAGAGACUUCAUUUUCUUGUAAUCUAUUUAUGAAGAUACUGGCUAUCGUUCAAUUUCUAUUUAUUUGGAA